GCUGCCCGUCCCGGCGGUUUCCCUGAGCGGACAGAGCCGCCACCCGCCCUCGACCCGCUGCCGCCCCCGAGGCGCCCGCCCGGUUACCGAUGUCUAUGGCGAAGCACUUGGCGUUCUCCAGGUUGCGGAAGAUCUCGUCAGGCGGGAGAGUGAUGCUCUUAUCCAGGCUGCUGUCACCGCCGCUGCUGAUACAUCAGAGCCACCCUGGACCUAUCAGGCUGAAUAUGGGACUGAGACCCAAGAACUACUGAGUUAAAUCCAGCUGUGACACUCACGUUUUCUGUGAUGUUGGCGCAAUCCCCCUCGGCCCUAACCCACCGGUAUCCCAGCCCGGAUCUCAGCAUGUGAGCUCCUCCAUGGCUGCCCUUUCUCAUGCUCAGCGGCUGUCAGUCACGGUGCUGGAGAGAGAGAACAAUGGAAGUGUGUCUUGUGAAACGGUCUUUUUCACCCUGCUGGGCAGAAAUAAAAGUCCUGAGAUGGGCAGAAAAGUCACAGGGCACAGGACUCCCCCCUCUUCCCCCCAAACGAGGAUUUUUGUCGUUUUCUUGAUAACACAACUACCUCAUUCAGAAGCUCUACAAUGUGACCUGGGCGAAUAUGAAACAUAUGGCGAAUGCUGUCCCAUGUGCAGCGCAGGGACCAGAGUUGUCAAACAUUGUACACAAAGUAGCAGCACAACUUGUAUGCCAUGUGUGAGUGACACAUAUACAGAGCAUCCCAAUGGCCUAAACGAAUGCAUGAGAUGUAAAGUCUGUGAUGCUGGAGCUAGACUGAUGGUAAAAGAAAAAUGCACGUAUACGAAGAACACCGUGUGCGGCUGCGCCCCGGGGGAUUUCUGCAGGCACCCUGUAGGCGGGGACUGUGAAAUGUGUAGUGCCUCCACCAUCUGCCUCCCUGGCUCUAUGGUGAAAAUAUCUGGCACAGAAUUCAGUGACAACGUAUGUGAGGUUUGCCCUGAUGGAACCUUCUCAGCAACCAACAUGUCACUGGCCUGUCAGCCAUGGACCAAGUGUGAAGAGAAAGGGAUGACAGAAGGAAAGGCCGGAACAGCCACUUCUGAUGCAGUUUGUGUAAAAAGAGGCCUUUCUGACACAGGGAUAGCAGUGAUAAUUAUCCUUGCACUUAUAGCUGUGGUGGCUGGAGCAGCGUGCUUUUUAUGGUGGAGGAAGAAGAGGAAAGAUGAAAGAACACCUGCACAGGAGACAGGGGAUGGGUCAAAUGGACAGAUUCAGAGAACUUUGAUCCAGCCUACAGAGAAUGGGACAGAGAACAUUCCUCCUUAGGAGCAAACCAAGACAAGAGCAGAGCGGAGGAGAAAGAAAGCCAUUGUCAGUCCUGCCCGUGUGAUUGGAUUGGAGGCUUCUGAAAAUCCCUCUUCAUUGAAUUUCAGGGAUCAUCAUCAUUAGUUUCUCUGGCUAAGGCCUGUUAUGCUGAAGCCGUCCUCAGGGACACAUUGUUAGUGGAAUGUCUGCAGACUCUGAGCUCUUGGGGCAUGUCUCCACUUGCCAUUUAAAGCACAAAAAGUUCCUGUUUUGCACAAAAACUGUGGGAGCGUCUAAACUUGCCAGUGAUGAAAGUUUAACUGCAAACAGAAAACCACCUUGACGAGCAGCGUGCAGUUCUUACCGCUGAUCCUUUUGAGGUGAUGUGCAAGUGGAGACACAUUCUUCCUGUGUAAACAGCUUUUAGCCUCCAGAGGAUAUCCCACAGUGCCUAGGGCGAUCACUCUGGCCAGCAGCUCUGCUGUUCUAAAUAAACAGAAGUCCGCCCCUCCCCUGUAAAGCCAGUGGGAACUUUGAAACUCCCCUUCCUGUUUUUUUUUGUGCAAGUGCUCAUCUGGCCAAGUGACCAUGGUGCUCCACAGAGAAAACGAUCCACCGCUGGGACCCUGCGCUCACCCCCUGCUUCCUACAAAGACCUAUAUUGGGAUAGCUGCCCCCAGUGUGCUGCUCUCGUGGGCGAUGGAAGUGCUGCAAAUGUAAACACUCUCAGACCCUGUGGAAGUAACUGAGUACAGAAACCAGCGCUUUUCUUUCACUGUGUAGACAUAGCCUGGGUUUCAUUCAGUAACUAAACUUAAACUUCCAUUUAUUCAUUACAAUGUUUGAAAGUUCCCACUCGCAUAUCACGCUGGACUUUCUAGCCACAAACACUUCUUGGUAUCCAGGAAUCUCUACUGGAGCAGUUGCUCUUUUGACUAUGUUGGACCAGGUAGUCAAAGUGGUUUUUAUACAUAGCUUUAGUUUUAUAAUAGGGCAACAGAGGGUGGGAACAGAAAUGUUGUAUUGCUCAAUAUCUCAUCCUACAUUCUACCAGCACAUUUUCUGUCUCUUGUUAAUCAGAUUUGCUUUGAACCUUCUCUAUGUGUAAGAUAAAAUCGCAGGUAAGAACUAUGGUUGGAAAUAAAGCUAAAUGUUUUUAUAGUGAAGAUUGGAGGGUGGACUGCACCAACUUGCUACCCUUGAUAAAGCAGCAGUCGGAGGGCUGGACAAUCUAGGUUUUGAUUUGUGAUGCGUAUGAAAGAAGAUAGUCAAGUCACAUUCACCCCAGAGCAGCUGUCCUGUCAUGGGGAGAACAGGGGCUGUGAAGCUUCAUUCAUUGAUAUAUUUAAGCUCUGCUGCGCUUGGAUGAGGGGCAGUACAAGAGAGAAAAGCAGCAUGAUGGUUAUUCUGUGGCAUGGUGGAAGUGGGUCUUGCGGAGGGAUUUGAAGGAGAGCGCUGUGGCCUUUUCGAUUAGUCUGGAGCGGUGAACCAGGCAUAAGUGAGCCGGGGAAGAAAGAGCCAAGGUGCUUGUGGGAGAGGCAGAUGAAUGGGUGAUGGAGGCUGCCAUUGUGGGAGGCCUGGGGGUGCUGGGGGCGAUGCAGUGAGAUCCAGGAGCAGACAGGAAGGGAAAGGCUGCAUGAUGAGGAGUCUUAGAGGUAGGGAAGAGACGCUUGUGUUCUCUAGAGUGGGGGAGGGCUAAACCCCUUCCCAGGGCCUGAGGCCCCCUGACUCAUCCAUUACCACUCAGUGAGUGUCUGGUCUGCAACUCAUCCCAGAGUCAGGGGAAAGGCAUGAAACCUGCCCUCCACCAGGGGUUAAUAUUGGUCUGUCAAUCACCUGACUUCCCUUCCUGAUGGGCUAAAUCCCUAAAUCCCUUUUUUUUUUUAAACUGGGCCUUAGCCACUUAGUGAGGAGUUGCUAGGCAGGAUAGCCAUGUGGGUGGGCCCUGCCUGAUUUUUCCCAUUGGUGUAUUUUUGUGAUUGAGUGACCAUCUUGGCCAGUCGACAAACCCCUCUUCCUCUGUCGCUGUCAUUGGCAGAGGAGCUUGAACAGAAUGUGAUUUUUCAAUUGGCUAGAUGAGACUUGUUGCUAGGCAGAGUAGCCAGCGCAUUGUUGGGGUACCAGGCUGUGUCUUUGGUGGAGAAAAACAGGUAUGUUUUUAUAUGAAGAUAAUUAUCUAGUGAAUAAUGCAAAUCAUGACAAUAAUCACUGACUUUAUGGA